AUGGUUGCCUUUCCGCAGGAAACACUUAUUCAAAUAUUCGAGGAGUUAAUUGACGACUCUCGGAAUUUAAAGUACUGUAGUGCACACGAUUUACUUUCAUAUAUGUUAGUGAACCAUGAAUGGCACCGAGCAGCUUCUCAAAUUUUAUGGAGAGAUCCCUUUAUUUUUAUAAAAGAUAUGAAGCAACAUUCCUCACUCAUUGCGAUUUACUUGCAAUGUUUGCCUGAAGUAAGCAGGGUGCGUAUCGCGAAACGAGGGAUUCAAAUGGAUUCUGUUUCGACAAAGCCGCCAAUUUUUGAUUACCCAGCAAUGUUGAAAAGGCUUGAUUGGGCUAAAAUGUACCUUUCAUUGAGCGCUUGGUUACUCAGUCAAAAAAAGAAUCUCUAUACGAUAAGUGAAGACUCACGCGGUUUUUUAAUGGUCCUUGCGGCUCUUAUGAAAAAUUUUGUCAAUAAAGCUAGUAUAAAGCACCUAAUUAUCAAAGGCAUGGAGGUUGAUCAAAUAGACAAAGUUGGAUUAUUGAUUUUCGCAGAAAACAAAGAUUCAUCAAGCGCCCAAGACUUUUUAAGAAACCUUACUAGCUUACGGCUUACGUCUGACGUUAGGGCAUUUAAACCUGAGACCGCCAAAUCUUUAAUUAGGUUUGCUGACAUUUGUCACAAAAUUGAGGAACUUGUAAUUACUAGUAGCGAUACAUAUGAUCAAGUAUGGGAGGCUGUUAUUAAAGCACAAACAAACUUGCGUAGAUUAUCUGUUCACGGUUACCAUCAUAAGAUGCCACUUACUCAAGAAGCACUGAGGGAUAAUGGUCAAAACCUUACACAUUUGCGUGUUCCCGCAUCUUGCAUUUCGAUGGACGCUUUUGUCAACUGUUCUAACCUUCAAUAUCUGGACGUUACUAAUCAUAAUAUGGAGGACGGAAUGUUACAAUUGCUAAAUUCAAGUUUCCCGAAACUUGAACAUUUCUUCCUUAAUUCGGACAAAAGAGAUGAUCGAUUUCAUUUUUUUUCAAUGGAUCAAGAUCUUCCCCCGACCGACAAAUCGCUUCCUCAUCUUUCAAAAUUCAUCCGAAAUACUUAUGGUUCACUUAAAACAAUUGAUGUUGUGUCUUACGCGCGAGACAUCGACUCCGACGCCCUCCUGGAAUAUAGUUCUGAGGUUGCAAAAUGUUGUCCAGAGUUAUCUUAUUAUCGCGGAUUCUUUGCGAUUACACGCUUGAGCGAUUUAUUCAGACAAUGCCCUCAUCUUAACAGUGUAAUAAUCUUGGACGACUCAUAUGACUUCUGUGAUAUUAGUUCAUCAUUACAAGAGAGCGGGGAGUUUAUUCCAAAAAAUUUAGGAGUUUUGACGAUUCCUCAGCGAUUUAAAUAUUCACCUAAGGCAUUGGAUAGUUUUCUUGAAUCCUGCUUAAAAAAGUCGAUUGAUGGGCUCUCAAUGAGACUUUUUAAUUCUGAUAACUCGCGUUUAGUGAAGAUUAUGAAAAAGUAUAAAAAAAAAUACGUUGUAGAUUCAUACACUGAUUGA